GGUGGCACUAAGUUUGCACGCUGGCCAAACAAAUGAGUGGACAGUAUCUGCACCAUGCAAACGCUGCGGGUGUAGUUCCAUGAAAUACUGGAAGGAACGAGUUACAUCAGAUACGAUAUUUUAAGUCAAAGUCACAACCAACCAUACUAUAUAUCAAUUUAGGGGUGUUCACUAACAUUUUAAAGCAUCUAGAAAGAAUGUAAACACAAAGCAUUUAACGCUACAGUGCAUUCGAACUACCGAAACUCCGGUAACUAUUUCAAAACUUCAUCACCCCACCCUAGAACAGAGACAAACCGGUCCAAGCAGAAAGCUCUCCACAGACAUCACAACUGCCACUUCCAGGUGGAUGUGAAAGUUCUCUGUUGUUGUCAGUCAGGUCUUCUAAAGGAAAACACGUCCAGUGAUUUAUCUGGAAAAAGCUGAAGUGCAAUCUCAUCUGCAAUCACGAUGGAGCAAAAGAAGAAAAUCUGGCCCAAUCUCCGUGAGAGAGCCAAGCCCAUCUUAAAUCUGAAGAUCGGAAAGAAGGGUUUGGGGAAGAAGAAAAAGACCCCUCUGAAAUACAGAAGGAGUAUGUCGGUACCAGACAUCAGGAUUAAUCCCAGUGCCAUGAUGGCUUUGCAGGAUGAUUCCAGGACACCAGGUCAAGACUCCUGCUUCUUUGGAAACGUGGAGGGUUCAUGUGACUUGGAUGAAACAGCAAGUGAAACAUCCAGUACUGCCUUAUCUGAGCAGUUAAGUGUCGCAGACAUGCCAUACUCCUGCAGCCCCGCGCCAUCAGAGAGAACAGUUCCUGUUGACUUUCCAGUUGCAGUGGAAACUGAUAAGCGGCAAAGAGCCACCACAUGGUACAUAGAUGAUUUAGAUGCAGUGACUGGACCUGUACAUUCACAUACAGAAAGACAGAUGACACCUGUGCCUGCAGAAAGAAAAUCACCUGGUCAGAGACCAAAGGACCCCUCAGACAAAGUGGCUGCAGCCCUUAGUAGAGCCGGUGCAGGAAGACAGACGCCUCCUGCACGAGCUGCAGACGAAAUGUCUACACUGACCAUCACAGAGUCAGUCAGCACUACUCCACCUGAAGAGAAAACCUGCAUUUCAUGUCCUACUGAGCACGAGCCAUUCUCUCCAUUGGACAUGUUCAUUGCAGGGUCAGCUGAGGACAUGGAUAUUCCCAAUGAAACCAGUGAUUAUGAUAUGCUUCCAGAACAAGAACGAAACAUCCCAGCAGGAUUAAAUGACAGUCAAAAUCAAGGUGCUUCAGCACAGCAGAAGGUCCAGUACCUCCUCACCAUCAACCUAAAGGAAGGCAGAAGCCUGGUUAUCAGAGACCGCUCAGGUACAAGCGACCCAUUCGUCAAAUUCAAAUUAGAUGGCAAAAACAUCUACAAAAGCAAAGUUGUGAACAAGAACCUGAAUCCCAUCUGGAAUGAAUUAUUUUCCUUUCCCAUCAGAGACCUCGAUCAGACUCUUCAUCUUAAGGUAUAUGAUCGUGACCUCAGAUCCAAUGACUUCAUGGGAUCAAGCAGCUUUCCUCUCUAUAAACUGGAGUUGGACAGAAUAAUUCCAAUGGCACUAACUUUGGAGGACCCCAACAGUGUGGAGACUGAUAUGGGAGUGAUCAUUCUCGAGGCCUGCCUGACCAUCAGAGAGGAACCUGCCAAACGAAAUAAGUGGCUACUAAGAAGAAGGGGAAGCUUUAAUAAGGGACAGCCAGUUAGCCAGGCGCAGGUUGGGCGGUUCACAUGCGGAAAGAAGAAUCAGGUUUGGACUGGAAUUUACACCGUCAUCCUGGUUGAAGGCCAAGACAUGCCCGACUGCGGUCAGGGAGACGUCUACGCACGCUUCAGAGUGGGUGACCAGAGGGUCAGGAGCAAGAAUCUGUGUAUUAAGGCAAACCCGCAGUGGAGAGAGUCUUUCGACUUUAACCAGUUCCAGGAUGCUCAGGAGAAUCUCGUGGUGGAGGUUUGCUGCAAGAGGGGCAGGAAAUCAGAGGAGUGCUGGGGAGUGCUAGAUAUUGACCUGACCAGACUUCCUGUCAAUCAGAGGCAGUUAUAUACUUGUGUGCUGGACCCAAACAAGGGCAAACUGGUGUUUUUGGUCACAAUGACUCCAUGUUCUGGUGCAUCCAUCUCAGACAUCCAGUCAGCUCCAUUAGAUAACCUCACAACCCUUCAGGAGACGCAGGAGAAAUAUAGACUGAUGAACUGUCUGUGGGACUUAAACGAUGUUGGCUAUCUUCAAAUCAAGUUAAUAAAAGCCACAGAUCUUCCAUCAACAGAUAUAAGUGGUAAAAGUGACCCUUUUUGUACUCUUGAGCUUGGUAAUAGCAAACUGCAAACUCACACAAUAUCCAAAACCCUGAAUCCUGAAUGGAGAACAGCCCUAACAUUUCCCAUUAAGGACAUCCAUGAUGUUCUGGUGCUCACAGUCUAUCAUGAUGAUGGGGACAAAGCUCCAGACUUCCUGGGAAAAGUUGCCAUUCCUUUGUUGACUGUUUCUAAUGGCCAACAAAUAACCAGAAUGCUGAAGAAUAAUAAUCUAUCAAGGACGACCAAAGGAAGCAUCACAUUGGAGUUGAAUGUCCUCUACAAUCCUAUCAGAGCAGGUUUGAAAACCUUCCAGCCGAAGGAAACAAAGUUUGCAGAGGACAACCCAAAGUUUAACAAAAAGCUUUUAGCAUGUAAUAUCUAUCGAGUGAGGAAGAUCAGCAUGGCCAUUCUCUAUACGCUGCAGUAUAUUAAAAGCUGCUUCCACUGGGAGAACACGCGAAGGAGUAUUACAGCCUUCCUGAUAUUUGUGUUGACAGUGUGGCUUUGGGAGCUGUUCAUGUUGCCUCUCUUCCUCCUUCUGCUCAUUGGCUGGAACUACUUCCACAUCACACCAGGCAUGGCCAGCUACAGUCAGGACUUGGAGAACAUGUCCGUGGCCGAGGACGAGGAUGAGGAUGAAAAGGAAUCAGAGAAAAAAGGACUGAUGGAAAAAAUCCACAUGAUUCAAGAAAUUGUACUUACAGUUCAGAACACUUUAGAUGAAGUGGCUUGCAUUGGGGAAAGCGUGAAAAACACAUUCAACUGGUCAGUACCGUUCUUGUCGUUCCUGGCCUGCCUGGUUCUGUUUCUGGUGACUGCCGCCUUGUACUACAUCCCUCUGCGGUACAUAGUUUUAGCGUGGGGUGUUAACAAAUUUACUAAGAAGCUUUUCAACCCAUAUGCCAUUGACAAUAAUGAAAUACUGGAUUUUCUCAAGAGGGUGCCUUCUGAUGUUCAAAAGGUGCAGUACAGCGAGCUGAGAGCUGAGCUCGGCAACCAGGGCCUAGCAAAGAAGAAACGCUUGCGUUGAAACCCGACGGACGUGUCGGAUGAAAGGGACGGACAGCGUUUCAAGACACGGUCUGUUUAAGUCAUAAUGCCCCGUGCGAGUGGAGAAGGAGCCCCCUUGUGCCAAACCAUCCGCAUUUCCACUGAGGUGUAUUCAUCGGCUGCAUGAUACUGUGUAUGUGUGUGUGUGUGUGUGUGUGAGAGAGAGAGAGAGGGGCCCCUCCUGACGGGGCCUUUGGCCCUCGUGAACUCACAUGGUCACAGUGUCUGAGCAUAUGAAGGUAAAGACGGGCUUCACCAGCCUCUGCAUGUGGUCACGCUGAAAUGCAAUGAGAUACAAUGCAGCCUUUUCAUAUAUUAAUGUCUUUUUAGAGACCACAUUCUGGUUCAUUUAACAAACUGAAAAUUAGCCACAAAACAGCGCACAUACGUGCUUCCUGUUGCUUGUGUUUACAGCAGGGAAUAUUUAAAUGAGGGCAAAAUAUAUUUAUGAUAAACUUGUUUAUAUUAUGGAAAAUAUUCAAGCAGUUUUAAAUGCCAUUUAACAUUUUUAUUCAUGCAAAUGCAGCCUACUGUUAAGAAUUAUUUUAUGUAUGCUGUUUGUUUUUUCUAUGCAUCUUCUGUGUUGUACAUUUAUGCAGCAGAUAAAGAUGAAAUGAAGAUGACUAAAAAAAAAAAAAAAGCAUAUAUAAUAAAAUA